AUGGCUUCUAAAAAAAGGAAGUUAGCAGAAGAAAAUAGGGUAUUUAACGAUGCAUGGACAGAUUUAUACUUUUUUAUUAAUUGCAAUGGCAAACCGCUAUGCUUAAUAUGCCAAAAAACCCUUACUAUACAAAAGGAAUAUAAUGUCAAACGCCACUAUGAUAGCGAGCAUAAAGCUAAAUUUGCAUGCGUAGUGGGUGAAUCACGAAAAAAUAAAAUUAACGCACUGAAAUCUUCAGUUAAGAAUCAACAAAAUGUUUUUAAGGUUCAAGUACAAAGUAACGAGUCGAAUAUACGUGCAAGUUUAAGGGUAGCGGAAAUUCUUGCGAAGUCUGGCCGACCAUUUACCGACAGCGAACUUAUAAAACAAUGUGCUUUAGUCAUGGCUGAGGAGGUGUGCCCCGACCUAAAAAAAAAAUUUGAAAAUAUAAGUCUUUCUGCAAGAACGUGUACCCGGCGAACUGAAGAUUUGGGCGAUAAUUUAUGUCAGCAACUCCGGGAAAAAGCACAACAAUUUGAAUGGUUCUCUUUAGCUACCGAUGAAAGUAAUUAUGUUACUGAUACUGCCCAGCUUUUAAUAUUUGUUCGCGGAAUCGAUAAGAACUUUAAUGUCUAUGAGGAGCUUUUACAUUUAUGUAGUUUGAAGGGCACGACUACCGGAGAAGAUUUGUUUUGUAACUUAGAACAAGCGCUAGUAUCAAUGCAAUUACCAUGGGAAAAAUUGGUAAGUGUUACAACUGACGGAGGCAGGAACAUGAGUGGACAAAAUAAGGGUUUGGUAGGUAGAAUCAAAUCGAAACUGGCAGAGAUAGGAUGUGCCAUCCCAUUAUUUUUCCAUUGCAUCAUCCACCAAGAAGCGUUAUGUUCCAAGGUCGUAUCAUGGAAAGAAGUAAUGGACAUCGUGGUAUCGACUGUAAACUACAUCAGAAAAAAUGGAUUGACUCAUCGUCAAUUUCAACAGUUUCUGUCAGAUACGGAAGCAAAUCAUCGAGAUGUUGUUUAUUAUUCUGAAGUGCGAUGGUUAAGUAGAGGCGCAGUGCUAAAAAGAUUUUUUGAUCUCAGAAAAGAAAUCAAUACUUUUAUGAAUGAAAAAGGCAAAUCUAUUCCAGAGCUGACAGACACUCAAUGGUUAAUAGACCUUGGAUUUUUGACAGAUGUAACUCAUGAAUUAAAUACGCUAAAUGUAAGGCUUCAAGGUAAAAAAAAACUAAUUUCUGAUAUGUACACAGACGUAAAAGCAUUUCAAAUGAAAAUUAAACUCUUUAUAAAACAUAUUGACGAAAAAAAGUUGGAUCAUUUUCCGAAUUGUAAAGAGGCUGUUGAGGAAGCUGGAAUUAAUUUUCAUUGGAAAAUUGAUAAAAUGAAGGAUAUUUUAAUACAACUGCAAUCUCAAUUCAGCGACAGAUUUUGUGAUUUUGAAAAAGUUUCAAGUAAACUGAAGGUGUUUGCAAACCCUUUUUCAUGUGAUAUUGAGGAAGUACCGAGUAAUUUACAAAUGAACAUGAUUGAUCUCCAGUCUAAUGAUGUUCUUAAAAGCACUUUCUAUGAACUCAAAGAUCUUGUUAAGUUUUAUGGUAGCUUGCCUUCUGAUUUUGACGAAUUGAAAAAGUUUGCUCAGCAGUUCAUUACAAUUUUUGGUAGCACUUAUUUAUGCGAACAAACUUUUUCAAUUGUCAAUUACAGAAAAAAUAAAUGUGCAUCUCGUCUCACAGAUGAGCAUUUGAGAGCCAUUCUACGAAUUGCAACUACAAAUAUGACAGCUAACAUACAAGAAAUAGCCUCCCAAAUACAACCUCAGACAUCACACUGA